AUGCUGAAAGGAAUGGUUUUCUCGUUGCUGGUCUUCGUCACACUUUUAUUCAGUGCCUAUUCUGACACCCGUGCAAAAAGAGCGAUUAAUCCAUUCCUCGACUCAAUGGGCAAAAGGGCAGUGAAUCCAUUUUUGGACUCAUUCGGAAAGAGAUCGUCACGAUACCAGCCUUACUACCAUCUUGACAAAAGGUAUUUUGACAGCUUAGCCGGCCAGGCACUCGGUAAGCGCUCAAUUCAAGCCUAUGAUGCUUAA